AUGCCACUGCCACCGAGGCCUGCAGAAAAGAAGAACCUGACGUCUUCUCGUUCCUUAGAUGGUGCUCGAAGGCCGCCAAAUUCAUUAGCUCGGACGUCGACAUCUACACCUCAUCCAUCCCUUAGACAACGUAGACCGCAAUCAUCUGCAAGCCAGUCCACUUCUUACUCCUAUUCUAGGAGUCGCUCGGCUACAAGCUCCUCCUAUCCAUCAAGUCUAUGCCGAAAUACGAGCAGCGCGUCUGGAAUCAAAUCGCGUGCGGCGUCUUCCCUCUGGGGCUCGGAUGGACACCAGAUCAUAUGCGCUAUCAGUGAGGCUCGAGGGGUCUCACCGUCAGUCGGGCUAGCCUUUGUGAAUGCAACUACAAACGAAGCAGUACUCAGCCAGAUUUGUGAUUCUCAAUUUUACGUCAAAACGGUGCACAAGAUUCAGGUCUACGAUCCUUCGGUUAUUCUUAUGGUCAACACUACUUUCCCACCGAACCCCAAGUCGACCCUCCUGUCUAUCCUUGAAGAGGAACUCCACGGUACCCCUAUUGAGGCACUUGACCGUAAGUAUUGGUCUGAGAUGGCUGGGUUGGAUUUUAUGCAGACCCUCGCUUUCAGGGAGGACCUCGAUGCCAUCAAGGUUGCAAUCCAGGGCAAUUUCUACGCAACUUGUUCCUUUGCUGCGGCAAUCAAAUACAUGGAACUCGCAUGCCAUCUGACAGUCAUCUCCCAUUCGCUUCGUAUAAAGUAUCAGCCCUCCGAGAACUCUAUGCUAAUCGAUAUUUCAACCAUUCACUCGUUGGAACUCAUCCAGAACUUGCACAAUGCGAAGUCUAGGAACUGCCUCUUCGGACUUCUUAACGAGACGCUGACCCCCAUGGGGUCGCGAAUGCUGCGAAGCAACAUUCUUCAGCCUUCAACACAGAUUGAUCAUACCCUGAAUCCUCGGUUUGAUGCUCUGGACGAGUUGACCACGAAAGAGGACAUGUUCUUCGAGAUCAGAAAAGCUCUGAAAGGAUUUACCGAUGCUGAAAAACUGCUGACACAACUUGUGAUCGUACCUGACCAAGCGUCAAUAUACGAGUCAGAGCAGGCAAUCAACCACGUUCUCGAAAUCAAAGCUUUCAUUUCGGCCGUCCCCGCUUUGUAUGAAGCGCUUGGUGCCGCCCGGACAGAUCUUCUCCAGAGAAUCCGUCAAAUAUGUCGCCCUGAGCUCGUUCAACCAAUUUCAGAUCUGAUUGCUGGUACGAUCAAUGAGGAUGUUACCUAUGUCAACAGGCCGCUAGAUCUGCGAAAUCAGAGGACAUACGCUGUAAAGUCUGGAGUCCAUGGAAUGCUGGAUGUCGCUCGACAGACAUACAAAGAAGGCACAGACGACGUACAUCAACAUGUGAAUGAUAUAAAUGAAGAGUACGACAUGGUGUUCGACAUCAGAUACGAUCGAAACCGUCAAUACUGGCUGCGAACCAGAACCUCUGAAUUUAAGGGCCGGGGCAUCCCAGACGUACUUAUCAAUCAAGUUCGCAACGGCGAACAUUUCGAGUGUCAGACUCUGGUCCUUGUGCAGCUUAACAAUCGCAUCACUGAUUCCCACAACGAGGCGGUGAUGCUGAGUGACAAGGUUGUACAGGAACUUUUGAAUGCUAUCCGAGGUCAUAUUGUAACUCUUUUCCGAGUCUGUGAAGGUCUUGCCCUGCUGGAUAUGAUUGCUGCUUUUGGCCAUUCUACGACAGCCAAAGACUACGUUCGACCUGAACUCGGGGACACUUUGGCACUAAAAUCAGCCCGUCAUCCAAUCUGUGAAGCGAUGAUGCCCGAUCGGUUCAUAUCCAACGACGUAUAUGCCAGUGAACAGCAUCGAUUCCAGAUUAUCACGGGCUGUAAUAUGAGCGGUAAGAGUACAUACAUCAGGAUGAUUGCUCUUUUGCAAGUCAUGGCACAGAUUGGGUGCUUCGUACCGGCCGAGUAUGCCGCUUUCCCAAUCAUUGAGCAGCUUUUCAUCCGCUUGUCUACAGAUGACAAUAUCGAAGCGAACAUGUCAACCUUCUCGGUGGAGAUGCGAGAGAUGGCAUUUAUCUUGCGAAAUAUCAAUGCGAAAAGUCUCGUCAUUGUUGAUGAACUAGGCCGUGCUACCAGCACCAGGGACGGUCUUGCCAUCGCUCUUGCCAUGUCCGAGGCACUCAUUCAGAGCAAUUCUUUGGUUUGGUUUGUAACACACUUCAACCAACUGGCCAAAGUCCUUGGGAGCCGCCCUGGAGUUCUGAACCUCCAUUUGGCCACAAAUAUUACGGAACCACAAGAUGGAGAAACCCCGAAGAUGACGAUGCUUUACAAGAUCAACUCGGGACCGAUCGAAGAGGAGUACUACGGUCUAAAUCUCGCUCGCGUCAUCGGAUUUCCUGCCUCCUUCAUGCAACUAGCGGAGGCGGUGUCGAAGACGCUGAAACAGCAGAUUGAGCACAGGAAGCAAAGCUCGCAAUCCGCAAAGCUACGAGCCAGGCGAAAGCUCAUGCUGAGCCUGCACGAAACUCUAAAUCAAUUGCGGGAUUCAGAUAUGGAUGAUGCAGCGCUAGGAAGCUACUUAAGGAGACUUCAAGCGGAGUUUGUAGCGAGAAUGGACGAUAUUGAAAAGGGGGGGAGGGUAGAGAGUGUUAGGGAGAGGGAGGGGAGUGUUGAGACUGUGGGAACUGCAUCGUUGCUGGAGUCGUGA